ACAUUACAGACAUGUAGCAGACGAACUUGCCGCAUACAAACAUGGCCGCGCUAUCGAAUAUCGUGCAGGCCGCAAAACGUUUGUCGUUUUCCAGCGAAGCGGCGCAUUACCAGAAGCGAUCGUUCUGGCAGUGGCUGAACGGCGUAUUCAACAGAUAUGACCCAGACCGCAUCAAGGAGAUCGGGCCGGACAGGGCAGCGGCCGAAUGGCUCAUACGAUGCGGAGCAGCCGUCAAGUGGUGCGGAGCCGUAAAAUUUCACACCGACUACAACACGCUGCCCUCAACUAGCUCCGGCGCCUACAGGAUAGAAGAAAUCGACGCCACCGACUCGUCGAUUAUGGCCAACGGCUUUCCUUACUUGAAAGACCUGACUCAGCUGAAAUCGAUCAACCUGACGCGCUGCAACUAUCUCGGAGACAAGGCGCUGCAAAUGUUGCAACUACGCAAAGACAGUCUAGAGCAAGUGCGGGUCAUCAGCUGUGGAAACGUGUCAGACGCUGGAGUCAAGUCGCUCUCGGAGCUCGCGAAGUUGCAUUACCUGGAGCUCUUCGACCUACCCGGCGUUCGAGACCGUGAAGAGAUUCUCCGGCAUUUCAGCGAAUUCCUUCCGACCUGCAAGGUCGACUAUCGCGACGUGAACGAAACCGCUGAGCCAAAGAAGUGAUUCACAAGAUGGAGGCCCCCAACAAAUGUCGGGUCCAUCCACCGUUCGCCAAACAACUGUAGAUAUACUGUCAAAUUUGUUUUAUUUACAUAUAUACAUUGGAAAAUAAAUAAUGCCACAGCAGGCGUUCAAAAAAC